AGACAGAUGUCUGGCAAUAACUGCACUGCUGUGACUGAAUUCAUUCUUUUGGGGUUAACAGAUGAUCCAACCUUUCGUGUCAUCCUCUUUGUGAUAUUUCUGGGUGUCUAUACAGUCACCUUAGUUGGUAACCUUAGUAUUAUCAUAUUGAUUAAAAAUAGCUCCCAGCUUCACACUCCAAUGUACCUUUUCCUCAGCCAUUUGGCUUUUGUGGAUGUUGGCUAUUCUUCGUCUGUUACACCUCUCAUGCUCAUCAACUUCCUUGUGGACAAGACUGCGAUCCGUAGGGGAGAGUGUGUGGCUCAGUUUUGUUUUGUAGCCAGUUUUGGGACAUCUGAGUGCUUCUUGCUGGCUGUAAUGGCCUAUGAUCGGUAUAUGGCCAUCUGUAGCCCCCUACUCUACUCCACAAACAUGUCUAUUAGAGUUUGCACUCUGUUACUCAUCACAGCCUACCUAGGUGCUUGUGUAAAUACUUGGAUUGUUACUGGUUGCUUAUUGACUCUGUCCUUCUGUGGAGCCAAUAAGAUCAACCACUUUUUCUGUGAUUAUUCACCACUUUUGAAGAUUUCCGACUACCAAGAUGAUCUUGCUGAAAUUCUUCCUGCUGCCUCUGCUGGGUCAGUAAUUAUAAUUACAGUGUUAAUUGUCAUAAUUUCUUAUGUAUAUAUCCUCUUCUCUGUCCUUAAAAUAAGAUCCACUGAAGGGAGAUAUAAAGCUUUCUCAACUUGCACUUCCCACCUGACAGCAGUUACUCUGUUCUAUGGGACCACUACAUUCAUUUAUGUGUUGCCUAGCUCCAGCUACACAAUGGAUGAGAAUAAAGUGGUGUCUGUUUUCUAUACUGUAAUAAUCCCUAUGUUGAACCCCCUGAUCUACAGUCUCAGGAACAAUGAAGUUAAAGAGGCUUUGAGGAAACUGAUGAAUAGGAAACAUCUUUUUUCAUGA